GCUUUUACCUUUAAUGCAUACAUAUUCAUUGACAAAAUUAUUUACUUUUUUUAACAUAAUAUGGGAAGAAAUGAAUGUUUAUUACCCUUUUGCAUAACAAACACUGGUGGCUCAAAAUUUAUGUCGGUCCUGUGUAAUAUGUGAAAACACACAAACUGCAAGAUGCAUCCUAUUUCACUUAUAUUUCGUGUUAGCAAUGGAAAGGUAAAAAAUGAUCCAUCUUCCUAUAGCGGUUCAGAGACCGGGGAUAUUCUAUUGAAGGCUACCUCUGAGACUUUAUCGCCAAAAAUGGUUGUGGAUUUUGUCGCCGGGCUGAUCGGAGGUGCGGCUGGGGUUCUUGUUGGCCACCCCUUCGAUACCGUGAAAGUCCAUUUGCAAACCGAUGAUCCUCGUAACCCCAAAUACAAAGGCACAUUCCACUGCUUUCGGACGAUACUGCAAAGAGACAGCUUCAGAGGAUUGUAUCGAGGAAUUAGCAGCCCCAUGGGUGGAAUUGGAUUGGUGAACGCCAUCGUUUUCGGAGUGUACGGAAAUGUUCAGCGAUUGUCCAGCGACCCCAAUUCGCUGACGUCACACUUCUACGCGGGCUCUAUCGCUGGCAUAGCCCAAGCUUUCGUCUGUGCACCCAUGGAGCUGGCCAAAACGAGACUCCAAUUGUCGUCGCAGAUUGACAGCGGAAUAAAAUUUACUGGACCCAUCCACUGCCUUAAACACAUUCUGAAAACCGAGGGUAUUAGAGGGACUUUUAAGGGGCUAACUGCCACCAUUCUAAGAGAUAUUCCAGGCUUUGCUAGCUACUUUGUUUCCUUCGAGUAUCUCAUGCGCCAAGUGGAAACUGCGAGUAUUCCGUACACUCUAAUGGCCGGAGGAUGUGCGGGGAUGUCUUCCUGGUUGGCCUGCUAUCCCAUCGACGUGGUCAAAACCCACAUGCAAGCAGAUGCCCUGGGCUCGCAGGCCAAAUAUAACGGAUUCAUCGACUGUGCAAUAAAAGGCUUUAAAAACGAGGGCCCGCAAUUUUUUUUUCGCGGGUUAAACUCGACUUUGAUCAGAGCAUUUCCGAUGAACGCCGCCUGCUUCUUUGUGGUGUCCUGGAUACUGGACUUUUUCAAUGCCAAGAAUGGCGUGGAUUCCGUAAUGCACGCUGAUCAGCCACUAACCCUUGUGAACUUGGACAAUAGGACUCAAGCGGAUUUGGAGACGACGUCGCCAACGGUGGAGGAAGUUGUGCGGAAAAUAAUAACGGACAAUGCCAUAGCUCAUCAGUAUGUUCCCAAGCCUCAGGACGUCGUUCACAACCAAUUUGCAAGUAGCACAAUUAACCUUUCCAAGGAAUCAAAAUCCCGAUUAGCAUCCGAUUGUAAUUUAAAAUAAAUCAAAUUUGUUAGUGCUUACCUUUUUAAAUGCU